AUGGAAGAUUAUUUACGACGUUCAUGCAAGGCAACAGAUGAUGAAUUAACUUAUCUUAGAUGUAUAUUAGAUCUGCGAACAAAAAAACGUCAACCAUUAACAUCUGAUCGAAAUGGUUUUAGUUAUCCAUCGGUUGUUAUUGAUGAUUUUCUUUAUCAUGGUGAUUUAGGUCAUGCAUCAAAUAUAGGUUUACUUCAUCGUCUUAAUAUUCGACAUAUAAUUAAUAUAUGUGAUUGUCCAUUAGAGAAAUUAAUCAUAGAAAAAUAUAAUGUUUUAUGGAUUAAUUUAUAUGAUGAACUUCAAGCUGAUAUAAAGCAACAUUUUGAUGAAACAAAUAAAUUUCUAUAUAAUUGUAAACAAAAAAAUGAAAAAGUUUUAGUUCAUUGUCAAAUGGGAAUAUCUCGUUCAUCAACAAUUAUUCUUGCUUAUUUAAUGAAAUAUCAUCAUGAUUCACUUGUUAAAGCUUAUGAUUAUUUACUUGAACGACGUCGUAUGGCUGCACCAAAUAUGUCAUUUUUUCUUCAAUUAAUACGUUAUGAACAUGAAUUACGUGCAACUAAAGAAAUUGAUGAAACACAAAAUAAUGAUGAUAAACAAAAUCCUAUUGAAAAUCUUGAUUCAAAACAAGAUUUAGCAAUUGAAAAUUUCGAUAAUUAA